AUGACGACGGUGGACAGUAGUGUCUUCAUCAAGCGGCCUUCAUUCUCUGCUCUUGAUGCAUUGCAGGGCUCUGGGCUGCUGGCAAAUCUGUUUCUACAAGAACUCGAAGUACUUGAGCUUCUAGCGAGCCGACCCCAUCCCAAUAUCGUCCAAUAUUACGGCUGCCAGGUCUGUCGUGGCCGUAUCGUCGGCCUGACAUUGGAACAACACCCCUACACACUGCAAGAGUGUCUGAGGAACGGCUACGAUCUGGACUUGGUGUCGGGCCAGGACGAAAUCAAGUCGGCGGUAGCGCAUCUUCACUCUCUCGGGCUCGCUCAUAACGAUAUCAGGCCGAACAACAUCAUGGUCAGCGUAGAGCGGAGGUGGAUUUUGAUUGACAUGGGCGCUUGCAAGCCCUUCGGACAAGAUCUGAUCACAUCUGGCAAUCCAGACUGGACAACUUCAUCGAAGCAGAAUGAUGAGGUUGCUUUGUGCGAUCUUCAGAUUAUGCUUCAUCAUAAAAUAUGA